UAAGACUAGGCGACUUUCCGUGGACAGCAUGGGGAUUUUAUCCGACUUGUAAACAAGGCUGGAAUAAACAACGCAGGACCAUUUUGGAUCAUCUCCAUCUUCAGCGUCGACUCUUUGGUUUCUUGUUGCUUCUUGUGGGAUUGGGAAAGAAAAGGAAAACAAAGUGGAACCUGGCACUUUGGGCACUUCAAAGCGAGCGGGAGUUUGUUGAUGGAUUGAUCAUGUCGCGGUGUGUGUGAGCAGCGCCUGACCUCGGUGGACUCCCUGAUGCGGUGUGGGUCCGAGCGGCUCCGUGGUUCCGCACAGCCGCCCUCGGCGCGCCCAAAGCCGGCCUCGGUGUGAGCUGGGACUCGGUGCUGCGCCGCCUCCUCCUCCUCCUCCUCCUCCUCCUUCUUCUCCUUCUCCUCCUCCUCCUCUUCCUCAUCCUCUUCCACCUCCUCCUCAUGGCACAGCGGUACGAGGAUCUGGUGCAUUACGGAGGGGACGGGCUCGGGAUCCCGGCCCCGGCGGUAUACGGUGAAAGUCACUCGGCGGCGCGCGCCGUGCACGCGGUUCACGGUGGUCCCGGUCCCGGAGCCGCCGCUGCUGCCGCCGCCGCCGCCGCCGCUCUGCACGCGCACCACUAUCCUCUGGCGGCGGCUCCCGGCGUGGGUUCGGCUGUUAACGACGCGCUAAAGCGCGACAAAGACGCCAUUUAUGGGCACCCCCUGUUCCCUCUGCUUGCACUGGUUUUUGAGAAAUGUGAAUUAGCCACGUGCACUCCCAGAGAGAGCGGCCUGGCGGCUGAUGUCUGCUCAUCCGCCUCCUUCGAUGAGGACAUUACCGUGUUUUCAAAACAGAUCAGAGCAGAGAAGCCGCUCUUUACUCCCAGUCCAGACCUGGAUAACCUGAUGGUGCAAGCCAUACAAGUGCUGCGCUUCCAUCUUUUAGAAUUAGAGAAGGUCCACGAGCUCUGCGAUAAUUUCUGUCACCGGUACAUCAGCUGUCUGAAAGGAAAGAUGCCCAUGGACCUGGUGGUGGAUGACAGAGAAGGAUCCUCCAAAUCCGACAGUGAGGAAUUCAGUCGAAACUCCGGCGGCACCUCAGAUCAGAUGUGUUGGAGGGAAGAUGAUUCCGUCUCCGUUCACUCCACCGAAGGUCCGGCACCCUGCGGCGGACGUUCCAGUUCUCUCAAUGGAGACAACAGUAGUGAACAUGGUGACCUUUUGGACCACGGUGCUGCUUCUCCAAGCACAGGGGACGAUGAAGAGACGGACAAGGACAGGAGGAACAACAAAAAACGAGGGAUUUUCCCUAAAGUGGCAACCAACAUCAUGCGAGCGUGGUUGUUCCAGCACCUAACACACCCAUACCCUUCAGAAGAGCAGAAGAAGCAGUUAGCUCAGGAUACGGGGCUCACCAUCCUCCAGGUCAACAACUGGUUCAUCAAUGCCAGAAGGAGGAUAGUCCAGCCAAUGAUCGAUCAGUCAAACCGUGCAGUAGGUCACAGUGGGCCGUAUACUCCUGACAGUCAGCCAAUGGGAGGCUACAUGUUGGACGGACAGGCCCACAUGGCUGCCAGAGCCCCAGGCUCACUGGGGAUGGGGAUGGACAGUCAGUGGCACUACAUGUAACCAAUGUCUAGUGCAUCUUACCACCUAACUCGGUGUCAGCACCAAAGAUGGCGAAUCGUCAACGCUACAAAUCCCAGAAGCCUGAUAAAUUACCUCUCCGUGGCUUAAGGAAUGCAAGUGCCUCGCUGCCACCACAGAGACUGCUGCAGCAGGCCGUUACAGCCGUCUCGUUCAAAAUGGCCGCCCCAGCUGGAGUCUGGCGAUGACCGGGACAUCAAUCAUAAUGAGUCAAAAAAAAAAAAAAAUCCCCAAAACGAUAAAAAGUAAAAUCCCUCCACUAUUCUCAGGCUUACCUGCUGUAGGCCAGGAGACAAAGACUGAACUGUCUUAAAGGAGAAUUACACGCAAAUGUUAAGCCUCAAAAAAAUAUUUUAUCAAAGUGUUUAAGUGGUUUUAUGGUGUUUCUUUGUAAAUUCUAGAGUUUAAAGGUUAGAGAGGCCCAAAAAUGACCUCCCAUAGACGGCUACGAGGAUGCUCUUUACUACUGUUAGCAUAAAUAUAAUGAUCAAAAUCACGCUGUUGGGUUAUUUUGUGAUUUAUUGAUGUAUUUACUGAAAUAUUUACCUCUGAAUUGUGAUCUAUGUUUUGGCUUGAAAGCAGAGAUUGUAACAGCAGCCUGGAGUUUAUUCCUUCAACAAGACGUCCUUAGUUACAACGCCGGCUUCCUUAGUUACAGGGUCGGCUUCCUUAGUUACAGCACCAGCUUCCUUAGUUACAGGGUCGGCUUUCUUAGUUACAGCACCAGCUUCCUUAGUUACAGGGUCGGCUUCCUUAGUUACAGCACCAGCUUCCUUAGUUACAGGGUCGGCUUCCUUAGUUACAGCACCAGCUUCCUUAGUUACAGGGUCGGCUUUCUUAGUUACAGCACCAGCUUCCUUAGUUACAGGGUCGGCUUCCUUAGUUACAGCACCAGCUUCCUUAGUUACAGGGUCAGCUUCCUUAGUUACAGCACCAGCUUCCUUAGUUACAGGGUCGGCUUCCUUAGUUACAGCAUCAAUAUCCUUAGUUACAGGGCCGGCUUCCUUCGUUACAGCGCCGGCUUCCUUCGUUACAGCGCCAACUUCCUUAGUUACAGGUCAGCUUCCUGAGUUACAGCACCGGCUUCCUUAGUUACAGGUCAGCUUCCUGAGUUACAGCACCGGCUUCCUUAGUUACAGGGUCAGCUUCCUUAGUUACAGCAUCAACAUCCUUAGUUACAGGUCCAGCUUCCUUCGCUGAAGCGCUGGCUUCCUUCGUUACAGCACCAGCUUCCUUAGUUAUAGGGUCAGCUUCCUUAGUUACAGCACUGGCUUCCUUAGUUACAGGGUCAGCUUCCUUAGUUACAGCACCGGCUUCCUUAGUUACAGGGUCAGCUUCCUUAGUUACAACAUCAACAUCCUUCGUUACAGCGUUGGCUUCCUUCGUUACAGCAUUGGCUUCCUUCGUUACAGCACCGGCUUCCUUAGUUACAGGUCAGCUUCCU